UUAUUUUGAUAAAGUAGGGUCACAAACGUCGGUCACCAGUCGAUAUGAUAUAAAGGAGACAGUCGGAAUUGAGCUUGCUGUUUGUUCGGAGUGAGGUGAAGUGAAGAAGUUUUUUUUUUUAAAUAUUCGCAAUGAAGAUGGAAACGUUUUCUGUGCUUCUGGUACUUGCUGCCUACACAAUGGUUACUUCGAGCAUUAGUGUGGCUUGCGUGAAUAAGGGCUGGUACUACGAUAUACCAGAGGAGGAUGUAUGCAUCAUUAAAGACGUUCAACUUCCGACUGCAGCAGGAGAUCAUCUACAGUUCGAUUAUGGUAACGGAAGUGCAGACACCAUGGCUGCCUUACAUAUCAGUUUAAAGUCAAAUGACUCCAGCAACGUCACAAUACCGACAGAAGUUUUUGAAAUUUUGCCAAAACUUCAAAUUUUCAGUAUCGAGUACGUAAAUGCUAUUUUGCCAAGCACUUUCCGAAAUGCGUCCAACCUAAAGAUACUUAUACUGGCCCUAUCUCGAUUUUCGGAAAUUAAUGAGCACACCUUCGAUGGGCUAGACAAACUGGAGAGUUUAAACCUUCAAUGGGAUAAGAAUGUAACUAGAACUAUCAGCGGAAAGGACUUUUCAAUACCCAGUCUGCAAUCGCUUAGGCUAAGACGAAGUCAACUUCUUUCGAUAGGAGAUGAUCCGUUCGACCUACCAAAACUUAUUGAUUUCGAUUUAUCGGAUAACAAUUUGACCUCUCUGUCGGAUUUAGUGUUUUCCAAGCUUCCCAAUUUACAGGAACUUAUGUUGAACAACAAUAAGCUAGUGCAUAUUGGUGACUCUUUGCGUAACUUGCCCAACAUAAAAACGAUUGGUUUACACUUUAAUUCAAUUACCGACAUUGAUUUACAUAAAUUUGCUGAAUUGCCGCAUUUGGAGACUCUCAAUUUAUGGUCGUCUGGGUUUUCAUUUCCUUUAAGUGAGAAACCGACAAUAUUACGAAAUCGGUCCCUGAAAACACUGAAUCUCAGUUCAAACAAUUUGAAGUAUGCGUGUGAUUUGGGUCAAUUACGCAUCUUCGAAGGAAUAACGACUUUGGAUUUGAGCUCGAAUCAAUACGAAAAUUUUGUCUAUGGAAUAAGUCAUCUCAAAACAAUUUUGCCGAACUUAAGAAUGUUAAGACUCAGUAAUAAUAAAAUUGAUUGCACUAAUUGCGAUGAAGUGGAAAAACAAUUUAAAAAACAAAAUGUAACAAGGUAUAGUUGAAUGCUAUUGUGGUUGGCACGAUGAUCCACCAAUUCAUUUGCAUUCUGAUUGUUAAAAAUGAGAAAAUAUUUCUGUAUUCGUUAGAUUAAAGAAAGAAUUGAAUAAAGAAGAAAACUUGAAA